UGUACAGUGCUAAGACACACUAUAUUGCCAAAAGUAUUGGGACACCCCUCCAAAUCAUGUGAUUCAGGUGUUCCAAUCACCUCCAUGGACAUAGGUGUAUAAAAUCAAGCACCUAGGCAUGCAGACUGUUUCUACAAACAUCUGUGAAAGAAUGGGUCACUCUCAGGAGCUCAGUGACUCCAAGCGUGGUACUGUGAUAGGUUGUCACCUGUGCAAUAAGUCCAUUCAUGAAAUUUCCUUACUACUAAAUAUUCCACGGUCAACUGUUAGUGGUAUUAUAACAAAGUGGAAGCAACUGGGAACAACAGCAACUCAGCCACAAAGUGGUAGGCCAUGUAAAAUGACAGAGCGGGGUCAGUGCAUGCUGAAGUGCACAGAAGUCGCCAACUGCAGAGUCAAAAGCUAAAGACCUCCAAACUUCAUGUGGCCUUCAGAUUAGCACAACAACAGUGUGUAGAGAACUUCAUGGAAUGGGUUUCCAUUGCUGAGCAGCUGCAUCCAAGGCUUGCAUCACCAAGGGCAUUGCAAAGCGUCGGAUGCAGUGGUGUAAAGCACGUUGCCACUGGAGCAAAGAAUGGUACUUACCUGACUGCAUUGUGCCAAGUGUAAAGUU